ACACACUUAAGUGAGCUACUGGCAAGACUGGUGCUGGAGGGUGAUAUUGUAGCGAGAAGGAGUAUGGAGGAUAGUUGUAGGCGCGAAAGCGGGUGCUAUGCUGCACCAAGUCCUUGGGGUUAACAAAAUAUCGAACUAUGACCCGAUAGUGAUGAACUUUGGCCUCAACAAGGACAAGGUAGAUAAAGGCAACCACCCACUGCUCCAUGUUCUUGUUUGGCGACCGAGACCAGGUUCUUCAUCCACAUCGACAUGCUUGCGUUCAAUAUCUGCCAUCCCCAACUUCCCGCAUUCUUAUUGGCCUAUGUUCCGUGUCCCGGUCGUAUCGAUGUCUCGUGAAGUAAUGAGAGGUCGGUUUCGGGCUCAGGGGUGGGUAUAUGUCGUAGAUAACAUGACCAUCGAUCCUUGUCGACUGAUGGAGGUGCGUGGAUGUCCUUUUGGGAUGGGGCCUUGCGGCCAGAUCGCUGUGCGGAAUCUGAUCGGGGACGACAUCUUGAACGACUGGGAGACCGAUCAGGGAAUGACCUUGCACAGUCUUGCCUGGAUCCAGUGUCGUACACCCGAUAUCAAGGAUGAUGGUUAGCUAGCUCCGAGAUAAACCUCGGAACGGUUCGGGGACUGAAGAGCUGACCUAGAAGUCUACUUGUAGACACUCCUACGCAAUUAUAGGCCCAGUAACUGUGCAGACUCGAGGAAAAUUUCAAGGUCGUAGAGGUUUGAUCUCAUUUGAGCUGGGGCAACUCAUAAGGGUCAAGAAGUGCA